UUCGAAACACAGCACAAGCAGCAAGAUAAAGGAAAAUAACUUUUUCUCCAUUUUUGCUCUCAGAAGCAGCGACAAAUGGAUUGCGGCAAGUGCGAACGUGCAGUGUCAAGUCGUCAAACCAAUGACGAAGCAACGUCUCAGGAGAGGGUAAUGCCCGUGUCCCAGCCAGUGCGUGCCAAGAGUUUGUUACGCGCAAACUUGGAGAAAUCGCGCGGUGGUGGUUUAUUGCAGAGCAGAAUGCCGAACAUAAAAGUCUUCAGCGGCUCGUCCCAUCCGGAUUUGGCACAACGUAUUGUCGACAGACUCGGCAUCGAUAUCGGCAAAGUUGUCACCAAGAAAUUCAGCAACCUCGAGACAUGUGUGGAAAUUGGAGAAUCGGUACGAGGCGAAGAUGUCUACAUUGUACAGAGCGGUAGCGGAGAAGUCAAUGACAAUUUGAUGGAACUGUUGAUAAUGAUAAACGCAUGCAAGAUAGCAUCGGCGUCGAGAGUAACGGCAGUUAUACCUUGUUUUCCAUAUGCGAGGCAGGACAAGAAGGACAAGGUACGAGAUGCGGGCGGUGAUGGUGCGGAUAAAACCGACCCCGCAAAGAAUCGGGUUGUCGUGAAGUCGAACGAGUGGAAAUUCAGGAGUCGUGCCCCGAUAUCCGCAAAAUUGGUCGCCAACAUGCUCUCCGUCGCCGGUGCUGAUCACAUUAUCACCAUGGAUCUCCACGCUAGCCAGAUCCAAGGCUUCUUUGACAUACCGGUUGACAAUCUUUUCGCUGAACCUGCCGUUCUCAAAUGGAUCAAAGAAAAUAUCGCAGAGUGGCGAAACAGCAUUAUCGUUUCUCCUGAUGCUGGUGGAGCCAAAAGAGUCACAUCGAUCGCCGAUAGGCUCAACGUGGAAUUCGCUCUGAUUCACAAAGAGAGGAAAAAAGCGAACGAAGUUGCAAGCAUGGUGCUCGUCGGAGACGUCAAAGACAGAGUGGCGAUUUUGGUCGACGACAUGGCUGACACUUGCGGCACGAUUUGUCACGCUGCUGAGAAGCUUUUGGAGGCUGGUGCUACUAAAGUUUACGCUAUUUUGACUCAUGGUAUCUUCAGCGGUCCAGCUAUCUGUAGAAUCAAUAACGCUUGUUUCGAAGCUGUUGUCGUCACCAAUACGAUUCCUCAGGAUAACCACAUGAAAGAUUGCCCAAAAAUCCAGUGCAUCGACGUUUCGAUGAUGUUUGCCGAGGCGGUGCGGAGGACUCACAACGGAGAAUCGGUCUCGUAUCUAUUCUCGAACGUUCCGUAUUGAGAGGACGUAUGCGUGAAAUGGAACGCGACUGAAAACGAAGAAAAUGCAAAAAAGGCAAGAGAGAAAGAUAAAAGAAACACAAAAGCUCGGCCGACACUAUCUAAGAAGAGUGUAAUCGUACGUUAGCAGUUUCAUUGUUACUACUACUCAGUUAAGUUGAAAGAAAGAAAAAUAUGUUCUUUUGUCCUAAUGUGAGAAACGAAAAAAAAAGAAAAUAAGGGACGAAAGACGAAAAAAAAAGAUUUUAUUCCAUCCAAGCGUGGGCGAAUCUCCUUGUUGAGUAAAUCUCGAGUUAUUCUCACUUGAGACAAGUUAGCACGAAUACUUUCAUUGGCUUGCCAAGCCAUUAUAUUUCCUUCGCAAAUCAUAAGCCAACAGAGACCUUUGCAUAAUUUUACUUCAUGUUUAUUUUUUUGUUGUUUCGCUCCGUUAGAAGCAUAGAUUUAUUUCGUCAAUAAGAGUUCGCUGUUGAGCAGCACCGCGUUGCUUUCAUUCCGGCUUUACAUCGACAAACGUCGUCUUUGCGUCUGCAAAGUUCGACGACACUGGAAACAUAUUCCGAAGAAAGAAAAAUCUGAAUAAUGCUCGAAUUCUUUUACAAAAUAUACAGAAAAUUUGGGUUUCUGAGUGGAAACGAAUGAACCUCGUUCGAACGAACAUUCGUUGCUCUUGACACUGUGACUUAGGAUACAAAAUGUUGAAUUUUGCAGGCACAACGACGAUAUGUAUAUUUAUAUAAAUAUAUAUAAAGAUAAAAUGACAACGCGUUAGCAACAAAGGAAUGAAGAUUGAAGAAUGAAAAUAAAAGGAAUUCGAUUGAAAUAUCGAAUCAACGAGACCAAGCAGCAUAAUUGUAAUCACAUCACGAUCUGGCAUCGUUUAUAAACUGUUUUUAUCUUUGAUCAUGAAGAAUGAAAGAGAGAGAAAGCGAGAGUGCAAAAAAUGCAAAAAUACUGUAUAAUCCAAAACUGCGACCACUUUUACUUUCGUUUUUUUGUGUGCAACAUAGAAUGACAAAUAUGGUAGUAAAUAACUGUUAUAUUUAUAACAUUUUGUCAGUAAUAUGCAAAUCACGCAGUUUCGUGUCGAUGAAUUUCUUGCCAAUUUAUUUUAUAGUAUUUUUUCCUCUUUUACUCAUCAUUAAAGGUGAAGAAGAACCCUAUCCUAUUCCGAGACGAGGCGAGCAAACUCCCUCUUACCACCGAAUAAUCGCGCGUCCUUGGUCUCCGGAUUUGGGUGAAAGAGAAAAAGUUAUAAAUUUUCAAACGGGAACGGUAAGUGAAAACUUACGGAGUUGAUACCUUUUUCAUUGCUGUUCUCCUUCGUAUUGGCUAGUUUUUUUGUCUAUUCGAAAUUCUGUCGGGUUGCGUAGAUGUACGAUAAAACAAAAUCAUUAUUUUCACUAUAUUCGUUUAUUAUAUCGCGUAGCCAACUUUACACAAUGUUACGCAAAUAUUUUAACUGGCUUUUUCACCAGUCUAUGAAAUACAUUCGUUUAAGUACAAA